AUGGUCGUGUCCGAAUCAGAAUCCAAGUUUCUGUCUGAGUCCGAGCCUCAACCUAUGAGUGAGCGCCAGGCUAUUGACGACGGAAAUAUAGAAAACCUACUUAGUACUCUUGCUGAUGAAGAGGAAACUGAAAGCGAAGUUAAUAUUCCAGAAGAUACCAACCAAAAAGAUGUCGGUAGUUCAGAUAAUGCAGAACCCAAGGAUCUAAAGCAUAAACACGGAGAUUUUAACAGUCCAGCAAAGGACGAUAUAACCCGACCUCUUGUCCUCGAAGAAAGGCACUCGCUAUCCCUUGCUGAAACCAAGAAGCGCAGAGAGAUUGCUUUCUCCAACGAACUACUUUUCAUACCCAAAGAACUCGCACGCAGCGAACUUCAGCAGCGCACAAGGACACUGACUAGAUACGCCAAGAAUCGUGAGUACCAUCUCCGAAUGCUGAAAUUUCCGAUCGGUUCGGGUCGUCCUCGAUACGUGGCUAAGAAAAUGAAGGAGGCAUGUUAUCCAAAAUCCAAUGAAGCCAACCAUGAUCCCGAAACUACGGACAUUAAGCAAGAAGAAUGCAUUGAUGAGCCAAACGAAGUGUUCCAAAAUCCAAGGGAGUUACCCCUUAGCAUGCCCGAUCUGGAAACAGAAAUUGGAGAGCAGAGUCAACUAUGCGAUAAUGAUGAAAUGAACAUUAUGCUGUACGACUUUGUGAAGAAGGAAGUCGAGUUUGUCUCGGAAUCGGAAAAGAUAAACCGCAAAAUCCUGCAGAGCCAGCGUGAAAGUGUGAUAAGAACUAGCAACUCCAAACGCCAGCACUAUCCCUACUUUUCGUGGCACAAUCCAGAGGGAGAGUGUGGUGAUUCGAAAGGGGAGCCGGAAAUCGAAGUGGGCUGCUGUGACGUGGAGUGCAUGACGAUAGUGAAGGAGGAAGUGGGCGAGGAGGUGGACGAGGAGGUGAUGAUGAAGAAGGUAGAGGAGGAGGAAGUGCGACAUACCCAGGAAUUAGGGAGUCCUGAACAGGUUGAUCCACAACCAGAUGAGGAGCUUGAGUCACCUGAGCAACCACAGGCCAUCGGCUUCCUUUACUCUUCCACACAAAGCCAGGUUCCUGUGCAAGACCUGGCUCCCGUAAGAUCAGGAUCCCCUGAAGAUUUCGGACAAACGGCACUGUGUCAGCAGUUAAUUCACCACAUUGUGCAACCGAAUGUCUGCAACGAGGAUGCAUACCACCAAUCCAUCACGUGCAACAAUAACGCCUCCGAUCGAAUGAAUCAAAAUCUCGGGCCACAUCCGACUAUUGAGGCGUCUGUCGCCCACGAGGUAUCCUUCCAAUGGAAUCCCCAAAAUGCUGAUAACUACACGAAUCAAAAUCAGCUAUUCCACAAGCAGCAGCUGCACAUCCAGAAUCAACCAUACCUGCAACAUCAUUUCAAAUUGCCAGCCAGUCAGCAGCAACACGAAGCGAUUUUCCAGCAACAGCAGCAAGCGGGGAAGGAUAAUCUGCAGCAGUUGAGAGUCUUGUAUCAGCGGAUCAAGAACCGUGAGAGGAAUCAACUGCAUCACCUGAGCAAGUCCAUGAAGAAGGUCUUGGAUGAGCGUCUGAUCUGCGAGCGACAGCAUGCGGAGGAGAAGCGAUUGUUCCAGCUCAAAAUGGAGCAAUUCAAGAAAGUGGAGGAGAAGUUCAAGUUGGACAGGGAGCAACUGCAGCACCAACUGAGAUCCGAUAUGAAAACUCUCGAGCUGAAGAUGGCUAACCAGCAGCGCCAGCUGGAGGAGAAGGCUCUGGCCUGGUCCUGGCACCAGCAGCAGCAACUCCAACAGCAGCAGCAGCAUUUGCAGCGGCACCAGUUGCUGAUACAACAGCAACCAGAAGCACAAUCGCCGCAGCAGCAGCAGCAACAGCACUUUGUGCAUCCAGAUGCCCAUAUGAACACGGAGACUUAUAUAAUGCAGCAACAGGCCUUCCUGUACGAUCCAUCCUACAUAUACUCAACUGCCUACCAGGAAUCAGUGGCGUAUCAACAACGCAUCCAAGCCUACCAUGAGCAGCAGAACUACCAAGCACCCGAGUCGCAUACCACGGCAGUUGAGCUGCAGCAAAGAUUUCUCCUUCCGCCACCUCCGUAUUGCCAAUCCAGCAGCAGGACCUGCACCCAAGUUAGUCCCUCUGCCCGGAAAGUGAGGCGUUGUCGCACAAGGAUUUCUGAGCUGGGAACGGAUCCGUAUCCUUGCCAAAUAAGAACUCCCUUGCCGCCAGCUUCGCUGAUCUUGCCCGGCCACCGGAAUUUGCAAUCCCAACCCCUUGAGCCCAGAAACGACCAUUUCGGAAUAAACUCGGUCAUGUCCAACUACGUGGCUAGCUUUAUGAACAUGCAGGCUGAUCGAUAA